UUUCGGAAUAAUGUCUUAUAUUGGCAACGUAUCGGAUGUGGAGUGCGACAAGAACGAGUUCUCCAGGCCGCGUCCUGCGGGCAUCGUCACCAAAAUGGCCGCCCACAAGCUGUCGUCGGAGCCGAAGUGGUCCGACAAGCGCGAGGAUGAUUCCGACUCUGAAGUUUCCUCGCCCGACAAUUUUCUAACCAAAGGCGCCUUUCUGCUGACGCCCUCGUAUGAGCUGUCCAUGGAGCGGGCCGCCUUGAUAUGCGAGAAGAUGAGCUUCAAGGGCUGCUUCAGCCUGACGAAGACGGCGACGGGCAUUCUGUUCAAGUUCUCACAUCCGGACGAUUAUCAGGCGGUGUUCAAGAAGGGCUUCCACAAGGUGACCGGCGCCCGUUUCUAUCGCAAACAAACAUUCUCGCGAAGCAUUGCCAUACCGUGUCGGCCGCGCAAGACCUUCACGCUGUACGUGCUGGAUGUGCCGGAGGAUCUGCCCGUGGAGGAUAUACGGCAUGCCAUGUACAAGUUCGAUUCGGUGGUUGAGGUUGUCCGUCUACACAUCUACUCCAGCCCCAGCCAGGCGGGCGGCGGCGCGGACAAGGUUGAAGGUGAGCAGCUGAUCCAGCAGAAACCAGCAUCUGCCCACCCGAACCCGUUGCCGGGCCAGACGCUGCGCCGCGCGGCCAUGCGAAGUAAUGUACAGAAACCAAUUGACCCAAAGCACACGCCCACAUACGCCCACGCCCACAGCUUGGCCAGAAACUCACGUCCAGCUACAAAUCUUUCAGGCAGCAGCAGCAGCGCCAAAAGCCUCGUCAGCAGCAGCGGCGGUGGCGGCAGCGGCGGCGGCGGAGGAGGCGUUGGCAUUGUGGGCGAGGCCAUCGAGAAGGCGGAGCGUCCGGAGCGGCGCGAGCUGCCGCCAGCUGUCAUACGGAUCACGCUUGCGUCCAUGGAUGAGUACAACAUUUUGCUGCAGAACGGCCUAAACUUCUACGAUGCCACGUUCUUUCCCACCGAGGCGAACAUCUCCCUGAAAGGCGCCAAAAUUGACUACAAGCGUCGCAUGCUGGAUGGCUCGAUACCGGGGCGUGUGCGCGAGCUGCUGCCCGUAUUCGAUGCAGCUGGCUUCUGCAAGCUGCCGGCGCCCACAAGCAAGCUAAUUAAGCCGCCGAGGUCAUAAGCGAAGACGACGGAGACGACCCCACAUGUUCCGGCUAGAUGGGCAGCCAGACAGACGACAGACAGUCCCGACCCCAAAACCCAUUGACGACAAUUCUCUAUUCGAUUUUGAACGGAUGCUUCGAACGUUUCCGCUGCCAACUACAUCUAUAAUAAUAUCCAUUUUUGGCUAAAAUCAAAAACGAAAAAAAAAAACAACAACAAAAGCUAAACAAACAUUUACUCUACUUUUUUUUUGUCUAUUUUUUUUUGUGCCUAGUUUUAUUAUUAAAGGCCCAUAAAAGGCAUAGCGCUUAAUUUG